UCAACUUGUAAAUUUAUUCAGCCUUAUUCUCCCAUAUUUACAUUGUAUGCGACAGCAAGGUCUAUCACCUGCCACGGGAAUAUCUUUUUUUAAUAUUAAAAAUGAAAUAUUAUAGUUCCACGACAAUUGAGAUAGAAAAUAAACCGUAAAAGUAUCACUUGGAAAUAUAAACAAAAAGGACCGCAUUUGACCUGGAUUUAGAGAUAAACUACGGCGUUUAUUUAUGGUUGUAGUAAAAAAUAGAAAUGAAGCUCUGGACGUAUCUUGGAGCACGAAGAACGCUAUAAAGUGAAUUUGAAGAUGGCAGACAAAAGCCGAUACAAAGUAGUUGCGUGCGCAUUUUGGAUAAUUGCUGCUGCAGCCAUAGUAUGCACGGCUUUAUUUACAUCGAUGUGUCUGAUUGGAAUAAGCGGAUGUUGUUCGAGCGAUGCCUGUGGGAUGCUGGAGACCAUCACUAUAAGUCUGGUCAUUGUCACUCUUAUGAUGACAUUCUUCCAUUGCUACAGACAAAAGAUUAAGCAUGCAGACUCUCCCAGUUUUUAUGUAGAAACAAUGAAUCUUUCGUCUGACACGAACAUCAAUACACGAUACACACCACUUCCGGUCAACAUUUUUACUCAGGUAGAGGAGUAUAGAGAAGACUUACUCAAAGCUGUACCGGAAACGGAAAUACCAGAAGAGUUUGAGUGUGCAAUAUGCAAUGACAGUAGUACUAGCAACGUCUCAAGACUUUCUUGUGAUCACUUUUUCCACAAGGCCUGUGUACUACAGUGGUUUAUAUCGAACUCCCAGCACACCUGUCCGAUCUGUCGGAGUUCACAGAUCCCCUCCAAUCACCUGUUGAUAAUAACCGUCCUACCUAGUCUGAGUUCUCGACCAGCAAGAACUUCACAGUUAUAAAGUUCCCUGGAGAUGAGGAAAAUGGUUUACAUCUUUAAAACAAAGAAAGUGUUUUUUUGUGAAUCGUGAGCAGACUGCUUAUGCUGAACCAGGAGACAGCAAAACUAAAACAGGAAGUGCUCAUGUCUUCUUACAUAUAACUACACUUACACUUCCCAAUGGAGCUGAAAGCCAUCUAAAGCUAAACUUAAAAAGUGGCGAACAAUCUUAAAAAGUGGCGUACAAUUAGAUAGUUACACAGAAAUGUGUCAUUUCUUGGCCCACAUCUAUAUUUUAGUGAUAAAGCACUUAUUCUGUAAAGAGUUUAAGUGAACAAUAUAGAAAGUGUACACAUAGUAAAGUUGUUAAACAUCCGUAACUGAAAAGUAUUUAAAAAACACAUUAGUCGGCGUUCAAAAUACAGUAUUCAGAGUUGCUGGUACCGAAGUAUUUCGAGUUUAAUUUGGUAUUGACAUCCUUUUCUAUGAGACAGCAUAGUUUGAUCGUGCUAUGUACAUAACUAACUUAAUUAAUUAUGAGGAAAUUAUACAUUUGUAAUCAACUUAUAGUUAAAUGAAUUUUACAUCAGCUUUUAAUAUGGUUUGCUUGAAAAGUAAAUGUCCUAAAAAUACAUGCAUGUAUGAU